ACAAAAGUGAAAAUUGAAGGCAGGGACUGCAAAAGUGGAAAUUAUAAAGAGUUGAGUGGUGAACGGCAUGAGAGCCAGUUUUGCAAGAUCGAAGUUGACUUCGCGUUUAUCACUGUUCGGCGGCCAGCCCAGCUUCGCUCCUGCAUCGACUUGGUACACCACUUCUCAUAUGGUAUCUGGUAGGGCGCCAACAAUACUGGCAUCAGGAACAACAGCACUGCAUCGAGUCUUUUCGAGAUAUCCAACAACUCAACAAUCAAGUUACAAGUACACAACAUCCACGAUGUCGUCCACCGAAACAAGUCGACUGCUCCCAAACGACCAGAAACAUCCACUGUCAGGCAAAACAAUCAUCGUCUCCGGCGCCGGAACUGCAGGUCUCUCCUUCGCGAAAGGCAUCCUAGAAUUCUGGCCCUCAUCUCUCCCACCUCCAAAAAUCAAACUCUACGAGCGCGACCCUCGAGAUCUCCCCGCCUCACGCGGAAACUACUCCAUCGGUCUCCGCAGCGACAAGCUCUCCGGCGGUCUUCAAGCCCUCAAGAAACUCAAUCUUCUCGACCAAGUCCUCGCAGCAUGCGUGCCGAAUUCUGAUAAGAACGGGUCGAUUCGCGACCAUAAUUGGGAGGAUAUGAUACAUCUCAGAAAUCCAGACACACCGCCUGAUGGGUUACCAGUUGCGAAUGUGAGGAUUACGAGGAAUAGUGUGCGAGAGACGAUGAUUAGAGCUUUGCCGGAAGCUGUGGAGAAGAAUUUUGAUGUGCAGUGUGUUUCGGCGUCGAAGUCGGAGAAGGGUGGAAUGGAUGUCAAAUUGAGUGGAGAUGACGAGAAAGAGGUGCAUUGCGACUUGUUGGUUGUUGCCGAUGGGGCGAGUAGUAAGAUGCGGAGGGCGUUGAGGCCAGACGAUGGGUUGAAGUUCAUCGGAGCUUCUUUGAUAACCGGCAACGCUUUCUUCGAGCCUGGGAAAGUUCCGCCGUACGUGGAGGACUCGUUCGGUCCGGUCAUUGGAGGCCAAGGGACAGGUUUGGUGGUGUUCCCCAUUGACGACCGGAGUUGUGUAUGGUUCAUUACGCAUCGGUCGAAGGAACCAAGAACAUCAAUCUCGGGUGAGAAAGCUCUGGCGAUGAAGGAUGAGAUUAUGGCAGAAGUGAGGUCGAGAGGGGCGGUCUUUGGAGAGAGACUCGAAUUACUGCUGCAAGCUACCGAAAUGAGCUCGCUGAAGAUCUUCAAUGCCCAGGACAAGCGGCCAAUCUCUCACACGGAUAUCGAAUCAGAGCCAGUCGUGUAUAUCGGAGAUGCAUCACAUGCCGUGAGCCCUUUUGCAGGCAACGGUAUGAAUAUGGCUAUCAUGGACGGCUACUCAUUGAGCAGCGCGCUCUGCAACGCUACAUCCAUUGCCGAAGCUGUGAAGGAGUUUGACAAGGAGAGCGUGCCCCGAUGCACAAAGGCCUGGAGAAUUUCGCACGUCGUGCUCCGCAUUUUCCAUGCAAAGGGCAUCUUUCUCUGGUUGGUGGUGAGAAUACUGAGAAGUCUCUUUUGGUUGAUAGGAGGCCGGAAGCAAUGAGCUGGUUCUCCUGAAGUAGUGUUGUAACAAUUCCCGAAGAUAGCGUACCAUUCGCAUAGUACCGUGGGCCGUGGAGUGUCCACUGGCCUGGACUCAAAGUGCAAUAAAUCACGACAGUUUGACUCUUAGUGUCAUUGUUGACGAUUCCAGC